CUUCUGGGAUAAUUGUCUGUUGUAUGUCGCACGCGACGAAGCGUCCUUAGUGACUGAAGUAAACGAGGUAAUAUUCGUUUUGUCACGGACCGACUUGCUAAAAAUUAUGACAGUGUGAAUACUUACGGAGUAACGGCAUAGUGUCAAAAGAUAUUGGAUCUGUGAAGAUGAAGGAGAAGAUCUAUGGAUGGUAUCCAUCUAUAAAAGAUGUUUAUAACGAUAGGAUUGGUGUUCCAUCCAGCUAUCAUUUGGAAUGCCUUUAUAAGUUCCAGGGUACUAUGUACCAAACAAAACCUAUUCGACCUGGUCCAGAUAAUCUAGUUAUACAGGGUCAUUCAGCAACCUCGCCUGUCAGAAGUCGUCCAUCAACUGCUGUCAAAUCUCCAAUCACUCUAAACAGACAAACACCUCAACGCCCGAAAACCGCUCCUAUUCCCCAAUAUAGACCAAUAAAAAAAUUACGCAUCCCAACCCCCCAAGAAUGUUGGUCUACGGGUCUAGACGAAACAGCGUACAAUCAGUCCUACGUUGAGACUUAUAAACCUCCACCAGUUCGAAUUCCUUCAGCAGAGUCAAGUCAAGAUAUACCAUGCUAUAAUCCUACCCCUGUUUAUACGACGCCCCCACCUGAUGUUCCCCGCCACACGAGCCCAAGAGCCCAGAGCGCCUCCAUCCAUCGACACCGACAGACGAAGUCUAAAAGACCAGUAAAGUCAGCUGGACCUAUUCGUUCACUGAUGACACCAAAUGCAACACCUCUUACAACACCUACCCCGGUCCACAACGUUUCAGGCCCCAUACCAACACCACCAGAAACACCAGUUGUUAUCCCAUCUCCAAGUCCAGUCCAGAAAUUAAAACUAGAUCAACCGGAAAUUAAUUUAUUCGACGACAAUGGUAAAGUUAUUCCAGAUUAUGACCAAGAAAAGAAGAAAUACGGCUGGGCAGUCGAAGUUCACGGAAAUCCUUAUAAAUACAAGAACAUUCCCAGAAGACUUCCAUACUCAAUGAAAGUAAGUGAACCAGAAGUAGCACCUCAGCCCCCAAAGAUUCACAUGGAAACGAACGAGACGUUUUUUCAAAAUACGAUACCACGACGUCCACUGGCUUAUAGUAUCAACAAAGAUUGGGUCUCUGAAAUAAUUCAUGCCAAACGCAUGCAGCUUCAACAGAGAGAAGGGAUCAAAUAUAGAUGGAAAAAUUUUGCAUUUGUUUACUAAAAUUCGUAUAAUUAAAUGUAUAUACGUCGUAUAGAAGCUGAACCACUUAAAGUUGAUAAUAGAGACUUUUGGCUAGCGGAUUUUUCCCAUCCGUAUCCCGUAUCGUAUGCGUGAUACGUUGCGUCAAUGUAGUUUUAGAGUUUUGGCAGAUUUUAGCAAUUUUUGGUUUCACUAAUGUAUCAUUUCAGAAAGUUUAGCCCGUAGAUCAACCAGUAUGCAGACAGGCGGGAAAAAUAUGAAAAUUCCGAGAAAAACCCAUCAAAAAUAAUGAUUAAAUUCCAGUCGUUAUCACUGUUAAAAUCACAUCAAAUAUACACCUUCGUGUUCUAGGAUACACAUAGAUUCAUAAAAACGCUAUGAUGCAACAUUUCAGCGUAUAAAAGUAGCAAAAAGACGGUAAAAAGACGACAGCGUUAUACGGACCAUUUCCGUAUGAAAGCCGUUCCAUACGUGCUGCCGUAUCCGUGUGACGUAUCACGUAUGAGAAAUACACAGACAUUGAUGACGUCACACCCAAAAUCCAUACGGAUACGCGAUACGGACCAGGAAAUUACGCUUGCCAAAAGUCUCUAUUAUGUAUGAAAAACACUUAUCGUCUGAAAAAUUUGUGAAAUCCAUACAAAAUUCGAUUCAAAUAGUGACCCCUUUUAUUUAUUAAAAAUACGUGUUCGAGUUACUUACUGUUUAUAAAUAGUAAGCUAACAAUAUGCAAAAGAGUAUAGGGGUUAUAAUCUUUCAUUAGCCCUGUUUGUAUCGUAACACGCUGGUAAUAACAAGCCAACGCAUUUCACAAUACAUGAUACACAAAUCACCUCCCAGUUGUUCGGCCACUGACAGUCUCACAUUAUACGUUAAGUGAGGGUAACUGUCUCUCAUAGUAACUUUUACAGCAUAUAAAAUAUCAUAAAAGUCUAAUUUACACGGUGUUAGAGGCGAACGUUUUUGAUUUAAAUCAAAUAUAAUGAUGAAUGGAUUAGAUUGAUCUGAUUAACCAUUUCGAUUAGUUAUAAGUUUACUCACUUCAUUUCAGUUAACCUUGUCUUUAUCUUUUAUAAACCCAGAUCUCACAAAAUGGAGUUAUACAUCAUAAUGGGCACUUUUAUUCUUUUGACCAAAAUGAAGGAAAUAUUUUGAACUUUGAAAUAUAUUAAGUUUGGACGGACACAGUUUCCACAGAAAUCUGAAAAUGUUUAGAGAUUUUUUGUUGAAAAGUGUUAUAAGCUCCAGUAAACAUUCAAAUGAUUUCGUAUAACAACAUUCUAUCGCAUUCUUUAUCGUUAGUUCAGCUUCCCUUCCCUGGUAACAGAAUAAUGUACAAAUAUAUUGAUAACCAAAUUCUAUAAACUGAUUAACAUGUAUGUAUUUAGAUAUGUAUAUUAUGUAAUUGUAUAAUGGAGAAUCAUAAUGUUUGAUGAAUAAGAGAUAUGAAAGGCAAACAUGUAUUGUAAUUUUGUAUUUAUGGUAAACAAUCACCUUCUCUUCUCGCUAAUGAUUGUUUAAUUUAUAUAUUGGUAUAAGUCAUAGAUAAUAUUAUUAUACAUUAUAUAGCUAAGUCACGAUACAUGAUAAAACUUUUGUAUUCGACAAAAAAAUGGUAACUUCACACCCAAGGGAGAUAAUGUGGCAAUCCUUUCAUUGAAAGUCUCCGCUUACUAAAAUCUAAUUCGAUAGUCCAGAAAUUCAAAUAAUUCUUUCUUUAAUUUUGAAUCCGAGAUGUACAAGUCUAAUUAAAAGUAGAAGUUGAUUAUAAAUCCGUUUCUUAUAUUUCUGACAUUUGCACACCGAGUACAACACCAGAAAUGAAAUGAAAUUGGCAUUUAAUUUAACGGAUAAUUCUUCUAUAAUAAUAAUAAUACCAUUGACCGUAAAGGGUUCUAUUAUUAUUUGUAAAAUAAAAUCUCGCUAGUCUGAUAAAUGUCGUACCUCAUUAUAGAACGACAGUCUUUUCCGACGCUUACAGUCUAUUGUUGUUAAUUUAAUUUUUAUUCUGAAAAUUUCGAGAUUUCGAUCAGAAUUUAAAUGAAAGCCGUUUUGUGAUAUGUAAAUAAUAUAUUGUCUAUUAACGCAUAUAAACGAAUGGUAUAUUUAUAAUGCU